GGAUGUAUUGAUGAACGAGAAACCAAGGCCAUUUAGAUUUUGCAAUGCUUGGUCUAAGGAUGAAAACUUCCUUGAUUUGGUUAGGGAAGCUUGGAGUGUGGAUGUUUAGGGCUGCCCUAUGUUUGUUGUAGUGCAGAAAUUGAAAUUGGUAAAAUAGAAGAUGAAGCAGCUGCAUAAAAAUAGAUAUGGAAACUUGGAGGGAAGAAUAAAAGAUAUGGCAGCAGAGCUACAAAAUGUUCAAGCUUCCAUGCAGAAUGCUUUAUUUGAUGAGACUCUGGCUGCAAAGGAAAAGGAACUUCAACGUGAAUUAACUAAGCUUGAGAGAGCAAAUUUGUCCGUAAUUGCCCAGCGAGCUAAAGUAACUUGGCUAAAGGAGAUGGACUCUAAUUUUGCUUAUUUUCAUGCUAAAGUAAAGGAGAGGCAGCAUAGAAGUGUUAUUAACUCCAUCCUGAGCAGUGAAGGAGUUAGAGUGACUCAGCCUGAACUUAUAGAACAAGAGUUUUUAAUCUUUUAUCAAAACUUGUUUGGAAAGGCAAAAGAAGGUGUUCAAGCAAUUGAUAUGAAUGUUAUCCGCAGGGGCAGAGUGUUAACCACUAAAGAGUCAGAAGAGUUAUGUAGGCCAUUUACUGCUAAGGAAGUGGAAACUGCCCUAUUUUCAAUUCCUUCUAACAAAUCACCAGAGCCUGAUGGAUUCACUUCAGGGUUCUAUAGAGCAGCCUAGUCAAUAAUUAAAAAUGAUGUCACUGCUGCUGUGUUGGAUUUCUUUGACAGUGGGAAAAUCCUCAAGCAAAUUAAUGCCACCAAUAUCACUAUUGUUCCGAAGGUGAGUUGCCCAAAUGUUGUUAGUGAUUAUAGGCCAAUAGCUUGUUGUAAUGUCAUCUACAAAGUGAUAUCGAAGCUCUUAACCCAGAGGAUUAAUGAAGUGCUGAGCAUGCU